UUAUCAGUUAGCUCGAAGCCGGCUUUGAGCUUUACCGUUCCAAGCAUUUAACGUAAACAGCUGAUAUUAACACUGAAAUAUGGUGAAGGUAGACGUCAAAUAUACCAAGUUGUUCAUCAACAAUGAUUGGGUGGACGCUGUCAGCAAGAAAACCUUCCCAACCAUCAACCCUCAAGAUGAGACAGUUAUCACAAACGUGGCAGAGGGAGAUAAGGCUGACAUAGACUUAGCAGUAGCAGCAGCAAAGAAAGCAUUUCACCGUCGUUCAGAAUGGCGUACAAUGGAUGCCUCGCAACGAGGCCUCCUAAUGCUCAAGCUGGCUGACCUGAUAGAAUCCCAAGCGAGGUAUCUAGCUGAACUGGAAACCCUCGACUGUGGCAAGCCAGUUAAGGAGGCAGAAGAAGAAGUUUAUUAUUCAACUACGGUCUUGAGAUAUUACGCCGGUAAAGCUGAUAAGAUUUGUGGGAACACUAUCCCUGCAGAUGGCGAAGUUUUAUCUUUUACGGUAAAGGAGCCGGUUGGAGUUUGCGGCCAAAUUAUUCCAUGGAACUACCCAAUACCUAUGAUGUCAUGGAAAAUAUCACCCGCUCUAGCUGCAGGUUGCACUAUAGUUCUAAAACCUGCUGAACAGACGCCACUGACAGCUCUGGCCGUGGCCGCCCUCAUCAAGGAGGCAGGGUUUCCCCCAGGAGUGGUCAACGUAGUCCCGGGGUACGGACCUACCGCGGGAGCAGCCCUCACUCAUCACCCUGAUGUUGAUAAGAUUGCUUUCACUGGAUCCACCGAGGUUGGCCGUUUAGUAAUGGCAGCAGCCGCCGCUAACAACCUAAAAAGAGUGACCCUGGAACUUGGUGGCAAGAGUCCACUAGUGGUGUUUAAUGAUGCUGAUGUUGAGAAGGCAGCUCAAACAGCCCAUGCGGCCGCUUUCGCCAACGGCGGCCAGUGCUGCUGCGCGGGCACUCGGACUUACGUACAGUCCGGGAUCUACGACCAGUUCGUUGAGAAGGCUGCCGAGAUCGCGACCAAGAGGUCCGUAGGCAAUCCCUUCGAUGACGUCCAGCAAGGACCUCAGAUUGACAAAGAAAUGUACUGUAGAGUCCUUGAAUACAUCACCGCUGGGAAGGAAGGUGGAGCGAAAUGCGUAGCUGGCGGCGACAAAGUAGACAGCAAAGGAUAUUAUAUCAAGCCAACUGUAUUCGCUGACGUCACAGAUAACAUGAAAAUUGCUAGAGAAGAGAUUUUCGGGCCAGUCCAAAGCAUCCUGAAGUUUGAUACCUUCGAGGAGGUAGUGGACAGAGCGAACGACACCAACUACGGUCUUGGAGCUGGUGUUAUCACAAAUGAUAUUACUACUGCGCUUAGUUUCGCUAAACAAGUCCGAGCUGGAUCCGUUUGGGUUAAUACUUAUGACCACACGACGAGUCAAACACCCUUCGGUGGUUUCAAAGACUCCGGUUUGGGAAGAGAGUUGGGAGAAGACGGAAUCAACCAGUAUGUAGAAACAAAAACGAUAACUGUCUCUUUACCGAAACAACCUCAAAUAUGAGGCACACAUAUUAUAUACGAAUCUAUGUAAAAUAAUAUAAAUUGUAAUGUCAAUAAUAUAUAAUAAUUUUUUAUCAUGAAAAUAUUAUAUUUGUACUAACUUUGUUAAGGCUGAAGUGGUUGUUGCAUAAUUGUAAUUAUUUUAUUAUCAUUUUUAAAUAUAAAUUAUUAAGAAUU